UCGAUAUUAAGUAGAUAAUAGCUGACCAUCAGCCAAGUCGCGUAGCAACAGCAAAUGCCCGCGAACCUCAGGCAGUUUUUGUUUCUUGUAAAGGAUCGGGGGUCUCAUAUGGGUGUUACGGGUCACCAUAUUGUUUAAUUUUUCUUAAAUGAGUCAGGGAUUAGACCAGUCUGCUGGACAUCAGUCACUAUCUCUCCUCGCAACGGAGAGCACUCGUUUCUUGAAGAUGAAUACCAUAAUGGACGUUAAUUAUAUACAUGUUAAAAUAACCAGUGGUUUAUAUUCACUCGUGGAGGACAGUGAAGCAUCCAAAAAGAAGGUCUGGGAAAAAUUCCUUCGCAUUGUUUACUGUGAUACCAGGAAAAUGGUGACAGACGAUAACUCGUGUAGAGGCUACGCUGCGUGUAAGGUUUGUGGACAGAUUUGCCGUCUGGGGCCCAAAGGCGGAACUAAAGAACUGGAGGAUCAUUUCAGCCUCUGUUCUCGAGCAGCAGCAGCAGACAAUACGGCAUUAAGAUUAGCAGAAAAGCAAUUGAAAAAGGAAAACAAGAAUCAGACCGAAAAGGAACGUAAGGAUGAAAUUAAAGCACUCAAUAAGGAAUCGGCGUUUUUAGUGAUGGGUCAAGAAAGUGAAACAAUCCCAUUGGAAGAGAUUACAAAAGCUCGUCUAACGCGUGCUUGUCUGUCGGAAAUUCCUCCAUCGAUAGUCCAAUUUUUCACGGAUGGAAAAUCUCCAAAGGAUAGGCCAAUGAACUUUUACGAAGAGCUUCAAGUACAAUUGAAUGUACUUUGGGAACGGUUUUGUGAAGCUAAGAACGAAGCUUACACCGCUUACACAGAGGCGCAAAACGGUGCACUUACGAAGCAACAGGCAAUUUACACUGUUCAAAACGCAACGCCAGUUCAACCCAACCUUCAUCUUGGGCUUUCCUAUUCCUCGGCGAAUGGCAUUGACAUCACCUGGGUGCCAACCGAUGUUAAGUCUACACUGGGCUUUGAUCGAAUUAGCAUGAUUGGACGUAAUUUGUCAGAACUGGUUCAUCCAGAGGACUACGCGGAGAUUGUUCGUGUUUUUCUGACGGAACCAUCUGCCGAUGGUAGGCCUACUGUCGAGGACUCGAAAGACUUUACUUUUCCCGAUUGUCGGAUAACAGAAUCCAUCAUCCAUCGGUCGAAAACGGCACCUCAGUACCACACAGUUUUCUUGACCGGAUACAUCCGCCAGUGCAUUCGAACUUCACGAGAGAAAACUAGUCAUCAAGACAAGCAAAUUAUGCCUGCCUAUACGGACUGUAGUUGUUGGCCCCGACUAGCUUCGUUUAUCCACAUCCGGACAUACUAUCAGUAUAUGACACUACACUCCAUAGACGGAAGAAUCAUUCAAGCAGAUAAACGGAUCAAAAUGGUUGCAGGUUAUACGUGCGAGGAAGUCGUAAACAAAAAAGCUCACGAUUUCAUUGUAGAAGACGCCGUCAGUUUUGUUUCUGAAGCCCAAAACUAUUGGGUGGAAAAAAAUGGCCGUGCAAAUUGCAUAUCUUACCCAUUAAAGGGUAAACACCAGAUUGUUCAUGUGAAAUCUCGAGGUGAAUUCGUUUACUAUCGAGAUUCUGAUACUAAUCAAAUGGUUUUUGGUUUUAUUUUAAGCAAUACUCUUAUUCAUGAGGACGACUAUCAAAGAGAACGAUCAUAUCUUCAAGAGCAAUGGAAUACUUCCUGUGAUACUUCAACAUCAUCGGUUGAAGAAAGUUACAAUAUUUCUUCGUCCACACCGGAGGCUUGUGGCAUUGGCACACCAGUUCCAAUGGAGCAAGACUCAAUGGCAACGGAUUUUCAAACAUCAUUUGCACUCUCCCCCGAUGUAUCUUUUUGUAUGUCUCCCGAUUUGUCUUUCUCUUAGCUGGAUGGCAAUCUAUCACCUUGCACAAUGGAAUCAAAGAAGGAAAGGACAUCGAACACGUUUUCUACUCCACUACACUUCCAACUGAAUGCGCUGCUUGCGCACCCAGUUUGCCAAAUGUCGAAACUAUUUAAGUAAAAAAUGAACUGUAAAUCGCACACACACUAAUGUCUAAAUAGGUACUUUUCUUUUAAGUUAUUGAAUCAUGUCUUUAAAUUUGAGAUACAAGAAUAAAGAAGGAAUUAUUAUUUGAA